AUGAGGAGGAAGUCGCGGGGACGAGCUUUUAGGCGGUUUCUGCUGCAGGUGGGCGGGGGCGCGCACGCAUACAGUUUCGACUACGACGUCUUCAGCGUGCGUUUCAUGAUAGUUGUCAUAUCGGAAGUUGGUUCUUCUCAUGCAUGGCUUCUUCUCAAACUGCCGCCAUGUCAUGCUUCGUUGAGCAACACGACUGAAGGCUGA